AAUGCACUUUACCAAAUGCGAACACUAGAAUCAUCAAAACCGACCUUUUCUUUGGGUCCCUUUAUUGUGACAAAAAUCCUUCCCAUUGCCGUCUGACGCAAUAUAAACUUGUUACUAGUCCAAAUCCAACCCCUUGAUCACUGGUUACUAAUGACUUGGGUCUGAAAAGCUCUACGAAGUGGGAAGAUACCAAGUUUCUUGUUUCUAGGACUCUUCCUAGAAAAAGAAAGAAAAAAAUGGUAGUAACUUUGAAAGCUGGGAGCAGGCCGCCAUGGGUGGGAUUAGGAGCAGCUGUUUGGGUGCAAAUAGCAGCUGGGAAUGGCUAUACUUUUCCUCUUUACUCUUCUGCUCUCAAAUCGGUACUGGGUCUCAGUCAGGAGCAGCUGACUAUGCUUGGGGUGGCUAAUGAUUUUGGAGAAAACGUAGGGAUUAUCCCGGGUAUUGCUUGCAACAAGUUCCCACCUUGGGCUAUUCUGCUUGUUGCGGUUUGUCUGUCUUUCUUGGGUUAUGGUGUUCUGUGGCUUGCUGUUAGUGAAACUGUUCAUUACAUGCCUUAUUGGGUUUUAUUUCUUGCACUCUGUGUUGCCACACAUAGCAGUGCAUGGCUUGGCACAGCUGUACUUGUAACCAACAUGAGGAAUUUCCCUGUCAGUAGAGGCACGGUUGCUGGAAUUCUAAAAGGCUAUGUGGGGCUCAGUGCUGCAGUUUUAACGGAGGUGUACACCAUGGUGCUUGAUGGGUCAGCUUCGAAGCUAUUACUGUUCCUUGCAUUGGGUAUUCCUGUCAUAUGUUUGGCCAUGAUGUACUUUGUUCGGGCUUGUACUCCUGCUUCUGAAGAAGACUCUUCAGAACGUGUCCAUUUUCUUUUCAUUCAAGCAGCGAGUCUCUUACUUGCUGUUUACCUUCUCACUACUACAAUUCUAACAGACACAUUAUCUCUAAGUGCCUACAUCAAAUAUAUCUUUGUGGCUAUCAUGGUUGUUCUUUUGAUGUUUCCUCUUGCAAUUCCCUUAAAAAUGACACUAUUCCCUGCUAACCGUAGAAAGAAAGACCAAUCAACUGGUUCUUCAGGUAAUUUGAUUGCAGGGGAGGAUUCAAAUAAGGCAGAUCCUCUUUUAACCCCCUCUUCUUCAGCAGCAUAUCUUGGAAGCUUUAUGGAGACUGAUGAUGCCUCAGAUGUGGAUACUCUUCUAGCCGUGGGUGAAGGUGCAGUGAAGGAAAAAAGAAGACCAAGAAGGGGGGAAGACUUUAAGUUUCGCGAAGCUGUAAUCAAAGCUGAUUUCUGGCUAUUGUGGCUUGUGUACUUCCUAGGGGUUGGUUCUGGAGUCACUGUUCUGAAUAAUUUGGCACAGAUCGGAGUUUCACUUCUGGGAUUGAAUGAUGCAACAGUAUUGCUAAGUUUGUUCAGCUUUUGCAACUUUUUGGGCCGUCUUGGAGCUGGUGCUGUUUCGGAAUACUUUGUCAGGUCAAAAGCAAUUCCUCGAACAGCUUGGAUGACUGUAGCCCAAGUACUCAUGGUUAUUACGUUUCUUCUUUAUGCUUCAGCUCUGAAUGGAACUCUAUAUGCUGCAACAGCAUUACUUGGUAUUUGCUUUGGGUUUCAGUUUGCCAUAAUGAUUCCAACUGCAUCUGAGCUUUUUGGUUUGAGGCAUUUCGGAGUCAUAUUUAACUUCAUGCAGCUUGGGAACCCUAUAGGUGCACUCCUCUUUUCAGGUCUGCUUGCUGGGCAGGUCUAUGACAGUGAAGCAGCUAAACAAGGGGGGUCUUCUUGUGCUGGUCCAGAUUGCUAUAGGCUUACAUUCCUAGUUUUAGCUGGCGCUUGUGGUCUGGGAGCUCUGUUGAGCAUAAUUCUGACAAUCAGAAUUAGACCAGUCUACCAAAUGCUUUAUGCUGGGGGCUCUUUCCGUCUGCCACAGAGUUCUGGCCAUUGAUGUCUAGAGUAUCUUUCCGCUUAUCUAGAAACAAUAUGUUAUUGAGUCACAUUCAGUUCUUGGAGGAUAUUCUUGGACAUCUAGCCUUAGGAUAAGUGCUAGAGUUCAUAUAAAUUACAUAUUUUGCGGUACUCUAAACUACUCAAAACACGAACUUGAACUAGGGAGAAAAUUUUGAGUUGCUUGAAUAAGGCUUGAUGAGUUUCCGUAAUAUCUAUCGUUUGAUGCAUGUAUGAAGAGAAUACAGUUUUGUUUUUGUUAUCA